AAGAAGCAACAUAGUUUUGUUUAUAUAAAGAUUGGAAACCAUCAAGAAAACUUAGCUUCAUCUGAAGGAAUUCGAUGAUCGGCGAUAUAUACCAUUCGAGUGAUUAUUUUAUACGAUGAGUGACGAUUUGUUUGAUGUCUUUGACGCAACCAAAGCAAAGAGACCUCAAGAUGCCAUAUUGGAAGCCAUGGAGACUGCAGAAACUUUGGAGGAAUUAGAUGAUGACGAGGAUGUUACAGAAGACCAAGCAAUUGAACCUCCAGAAAAGUGGAGAAAGCUAGAGUUGACCAUCAACGAAGAAAGAAGAAAGAAUAGUGACACACAAAUAGUCGACAACUUCCGUGAAAAUAAAAAGAAACCGCGGUCUUUUCACUUACAGGAGUAUUGUAGUGAUUCUGUGAACGAAACUUGUACAACAGACAGUGACUUGAAGACUAGUUGCAUUCACGACGUUUCCUUACCUGCCGAAUAUGGAGAAUAUCUUUUUGAACCUAAAGAAACAAGUCGUAAACCAGCAAAAGAAUAUAAAUUUACACUCGACGCUUUUCAACGAGAGAGUAUUCGGUGUUUGGAAAGAAAUGAGUCGGUGUUGGUUUCCGCACAUACUUCAGCAGGAAAAACCGCCAUCGCAGAAUAUGCUGUCGCUAUGUCCCUCAGAGAUGGUCAAAGGGUCAUUUACACUUCUCCUAUCAAAGCACUUAGUAAUCAAAAGUAUCGAGAACUUUACGAGGAAUUUAUUGACGUAGGUUUAAUGACAGGAGACGUGACUAUCAAUCCUAGUGCGGGUUGCCUAGUAAUGACGACUGAAAUCCUCAGAAGUAUGUUAUAUCGUGGGUCUGAAGUCAUAAGAGAAGUUGCUUGGGUCAUAUUUGAUGAGGUUCAUUAUAUGAGAGACAAGGAACGCGGAGUAGUUUGGGAGGAAACUAUUAUAAUGGUUCCUGAGAAUGUUCGUUUUGUAUUUUUAUCAGCUACUAUUCCUAAUGCCAGAGAGUUUGCUGAAUGGAUUGUUCAACUCAAGAAUCAACCUUGUCAUACUAUUUACACGGAUUCUCGCCCAGUUCCGUUACAGCAUUACUUAUUUCCGGCUGGUGGAGAUGGAUUGUAUUUAGUAGUAGAUGAGAAAGGACAGUUUCGAGACGAUACUUUUGAAAAAGCAUUGUCUAAAAUUGGAGAAAACUCAAUCAAGGACACUUCUAAAGGAGCAGAAAUGAAUAAGAAAAACAAAAAGGCUGCUAAAGGUGCUUCCGAUGUCUAUCGUAUUAUUAAGUUGAUUAUGGAGCGUGAAUACGAUCCCGUCAUUGUAUUUGCCUUUUCUAGAAGAGAAUGUGAAGCAUUGGCCUUACAACUCUCCAAAUUGGAAUUGAACACAGACGAACAAAAGUCUCUUGUAGAACAAGUAUUCGUGAAUGCAAUGGAUAGUUUAUCUGAAGAUGACAAAAAAUUGCCUCAAAUCACUGCAGCACUUCCACUCUUGAAGAGAGGCAUCGGUAUUCAUCAUUCUGGCUUACUUCCUAUUUUGAAAGAGGUUACUGAGAUUCUUUUCCAAGAGGGACUUAUUAAAGUACUAUUUGCCACAGAAACCUUUGCGAUGGGAUUGAACAUGCCUGCAAAGACUGUGGUUUUUACUGCAGUUCGUAAAUUUGAUGGAGAAGCCUUUAGAUUUAUUAGUGGAGGAGAAUAUAUACAAAUGAGUGGGAGAGCCGGUCGAAGAGGUUUAGAUGAAAGAGGAAUAUCGAUUUUGACAGUGGAUGAAAGGAUUCAACCGGAGACCGCUCGAGCCAUAUUGAAAGGUAAUGCGGAUCCUCUUCGUUCAUCCUUUCAUUUGGAAUACAAUAUGCUUCUUAAUUUGUUGAGAUCGGAAGAAGCCAAUCCAGAAUAUGUAAUAUCUCGCUCUUUAGCACAGUUCCAAGCAGAUAGAGCACUUCCGGAUAAUGAAGCUAAACUAAAUGAGCUUUUAAGACAAAAAGACGAAUUGAAAAUUUCGAUGGAAGAUGAUGUAAAAGAAUUUGCUGCUUACAAAGACCAAUUGGAAAGACUUCGAAGCAAAGUCCGUAACAUUGUUUUCCAAGCCAAAAAUGUACUUCCAUUUUUACAAGUUGGAAGACUUGCUCGAUUCUGUGUACAAGACAAAGAAGUUCGCGACUUUGGAUGGGGCGUAGUAGUUAAUUUCACAAAAAUGAAUACUUCACAAGUAAAAGAACAAGGUCUCCGAGAUAAAUUUCUUAUCGAUGCAUUAGUUUUUAGUAAGCCAUUGACUGAAACCAAUGAAAAAGUUUUCGUUCCCCCAAAAGGAGAAGAGGAUAUUGCACAAGCUUCUUGGAAUGUUUUGCCAUUUCAUUUGAGUGCAUUGGAUGGUUUGUCUUCCAUUCGUGUUUAUAUGCCUAAAGACCUUCGUCCACGGGAAAAUCGAUCAGCAGUGGGAAAGUCUGUUUCUGAAGUUAUGCGUCAGUUUCCAAAGGGCAUUCCUUUACUUGAUCCUGUAGAAGAUAUGGGUAUCAAGGAUGAGGAGUUUAGAAAGUUGAUUCGACAAGCUGAGUCUGUAGAAGACCAACUUUUCUCAUCCAAACUUGCACAAAAGUAUUCUCUGUCGCUUCACACAACUUAUCCAGAAGAACUUUCCAGACUGAUGGAUUCCUAUCAAAGGAAGGAACAAAUUCUAGUAGAAAUCAAGGCAGUCAAAAGACAAAUUCGUUUAGGCCAAGGACUUAUUUUACGUGAAGAGUUGAAACGAAUGUUGCGUGUUUUACGUCGUUUAGGAUUCAUCAACCAUGAAAAUAUUGUGGAAAAGAAGGGCCGAACUGCAUGUGAAGUUAACACAGCAGACGAGUUGGUCUUAACAGAAUUGAUGUUUCACGGUGCAUUUAAUGAAAUCAAGGCUGAAGUUGCUGUUGCUUUACUGUCUUGUUUUGUAUAUGACGAGAAACAAGACGAACAGUUACAAUUCUCUGAUGAGGAAUUGAAAGCUGCAUUUCAGACUUUGCAGAAUAUAGCUCGUAGGGUUGGUACGGUUACGAAGGAAUGUAAGAUACCUAUUGAUGUGGAUGAAUACGUACAAUCUUUUGACCCGAGUAUGAUGAAUGUUGUUUAUGCUUGGUGUCGUGGAGCCAUUUUUGCUGAAAUCUGUAAAAUGACGCAUAUUUUCGAAGGAAGUAUUAUUCGUUGUAUGCGUCGUUUGGAAGAGUUGCUAAGACAGCUUUCUGCAGCUGCUCAUAGUAUUGGCAACGAAGAAUUGGAGCAUUUAUUUGAAAAAGGAAGUCAGCUAUUGAAACGAGAUAUUGCUUUUCAAGCUUCCUUAUAUUUAUAAGUCUAAUAAGAUAGGACUCAAAAGAUAGUUUCCAAGUAUCAGUCAAAGAUGUUGUUAUUUUUUCCAUGAAAGAGUGAAUGUUAGCAGACCAUCGUUGGUAAAGAAAAGAAUUGGUUCUUUCAGUAUGUAUUAUUCUUAGA